AUGCAUAAUUAAGUUACAAUAAUUCAUACAACAAAUCAAUAAUAACUGAACUCACCACUCUCGCCAGAGAUAAUUAUAGUGCUUCACCAAGGUCAGACUCCUUCAAAUUUAGGAGUUUUAGUCCAGAAAUUGAAAGCUAAUUAUUAUAGGUGAACACCAAGUAAGUCGAAUUAAUAAGGCAAAUGAAAUACCAAUAGAAAUCCAUCAUUUAGAACGAUUGAAGACUCAGUGGAAAACUGAUGUAAUACAAUAAAAUUAAUCUUAAAAAAUUGUGCAAGUAGGUUAAAAUACAAAGAAAAUUCUAAGACUUAUAUACAAUUUAAUUUAUUUACCUCAUCAGAAUCUUCAUUUGAGAAGUUCCAAACUGAAGUCAAAUCUAUAAAUUAUAAUUCAGAACAAGUGAAGUUGAAUUAAGAGAUUUUUUUAUUUUGUCCCAGUCUAUGAGAAAAUAAUUAUUGAAAAGAAAAUUCAUGAAAAUUAUAAGAAAUGGUUCUCAUAUUUUCUUAAUAUCUUAUAUAAAAGAAGUGCCAUUCCCUCAGUCAAGUCUUUCAUUUUGAACAGUAUUGAAAUUUCAGCAUAACUUAAAUCCCACAGUAUGAAAAGGUUUUAUAAAUCCAAUUAUAAGUAAUGAAUUAAUUUAAAUUAGGGGAAAUUCUACUUUUGGAGUAUCAUGA